AUGCUGAGCGGCGCAGUGAUGCAUCGUCAUUACAUGGAGUACCUCGUGGACACGGUCCGCUCCCUACCGGUCGUGCCAUUUUUGACGAACGAAUUCCCUGUGCCCAUGAGCUUUAAGGAUCGCCUAUUCAACACCUACAGCUUCGUAAAUAUGAUGUACUAUAUCUGGAGAGAUACAGCAAGAACUAUUUCCAUUUACGAGCAGCGUUUCGCACCUCUCGCAGCCGCUAGAGGAGUGUCGCUGCCUCCGUUCUCCGAGGCAAUGCACAAUAUUUCCAUUUUGUUUGUGAACUCGCACCCUUCGUUCACACCUGCUAUAAGCCUCCCGCCCAACGUGAUCGAGAUUGCUGGGUAUCACAUCGACGAGGUGACUCCACCGCUGCCUAAAGAUCUUCAAGAAAUUCUAGAUUCUUCGCCACGAGGCGCCGUCUAUUUCAGCUUGGGAUCCAUACACGAAUCCGCUGCUCUUCCCGAGAAGACCAAGCAUGAUUUGCUUAAGGUUCUUGGAGAGCUUCCAUAUACCGUGCUGUGGAAAUUUGAAGAAAAAUUAGACGGACUGCCUAAGAAUGUGCACAUCAGGUCGUGGAUGCCACAAGCCAGCAUUUUGGCGCAUCCAAACGUGAAGAUAUUCAUAUCCCACGGCGGUCUGCUCAGUACGCUAGAGACACUGCGCUACGGGGUUCCAAUAAUAACGAUCCCGGUCUUCGGCGACCAUGCCAGCAAUGCAGAACGAUGCGUGCAGGCCGGUUACGCACUCAAGAUUAAGCUGUCGUCCGACAUGGCUCCUGAACUCAAGAUAGCUCUCAACGAAAUGAUUUCUAACGACAAAUAUUACAAGAAGGUCAAGUCAUUAUCGAAGGUGUUCAACAGCCGACCGGUGAAGGAGAGUAAGCUCAUCUCGCAUUACGUUGAGCUGGCCAUCGAGAGUAAAGGAGCUUACCAUCUGCGUUCCAAGGCUAUUCUUUACAAAUGGUAUGAACUGUGGAUGUUAGACCAAGUAGUUGCUGUUCUAGCUGUCUUGUUCAUUUUCUACGUAAUAUUAAAGAAAAUCAUUAGUGCAAUUAUAAAGAAACUGGCGAAGGAUAGCAAAACGAAGAAGGACAAAAAGAACAAAUAG